AUGUCUUCCUCUGAUGAAGAAAUUAAGAAACUCCACAAAGUUCGGAAAACUUUAAUGCAAAUGUUGAAUGAUCGAGGCUAUUUAGUAACAGAUGACGAAAUUAACAUGACCAAACAACAGUUUAUUGAGCAUUUUGGUGACAACAUGACCCGAGACAACCUUUUCAUGAUUAAGAAUAAGCGAUAUGAUACUUCUGAUCAGAUUGUGGUUUUCUUUCUGAUUCCGGAGCCAUCCAAGGACAUCAUAGGUAUAGUCCCACUCAGGAAAUGCAUUGAGAGAAUGCAAUCUGAGAAAAUAUACAAGGCAAUCUUGGUGACUGAACAUGGUUUGACAACUGCAGCAAAGAAGGCUGUUCAAUUGCCAAGUAUAAGGUUAGAGGUCUUCCUGGAUUCUGAACUGAUGUAUAAUGUUACCGAGCACGAUCUUGUUCCAGUGCAUCAGGUGCUUACAGAUGAGGAAAAGAAGGAAGUGCUUGAGAAGUAUCAUGUUAAGGAAACUCAGCUACCGAGCAUGCCAGUCACUGACGCUGUUGCAAGAUAUUACGGCCUUCAACGUGGGCAAGUUGUGAAGAUCAUACGACCUAGUGAGAAUGCUGGUACAUAUGUUACAUAUCGAUAUGUUAGCUGAUGUACGCUAGCUGAUAUAUCUGAAU